AGACGGGUAGCAGGGACCAGCCCUGGCCCCCCUCCCAGCUUGGCGGAGGCAUCCAAGAUGGGGGUGGGAGUGUGUAGUGGGGGAAGCACCUGCCUGGACCCUCACUUGCCAGCUAGCUGGGCACCCCAAGGCUGUGUGCUGCCCACUUGGUGUUCCCCAGCGUCCCCAGCCCUGCCCGGUGCACCCCUUCGGUGCCUGCUCCCCCUGAUGUCUGCGUUUUAGACCAGCCCGGCUGCUGUAUCCACGGCAACAGAAGCAGGAGUGUCACUGGCCGCCAGAUCACUGAGGGUCCCACAAUGUGGCCUGGGCUGUGAUUUAUCCUGGCUGAGACUGCUUGAGCCCCCUACCUGGAUUCCAAGACAGCCCUGCUGAGAGAGUCCAGGUGCAGCCCAGCAGGACAACUGAUGGAGUCCCCCAGGACCCAUCGAAUACCAGACUGGCUGAUCCCAUAGGGCUGGGAGCAGCCCCUGCCCCUCAGUAUGGCCAACACAACUGGAGAGCCCGAAGAGGUGAGCGGCGCACUGUCCCCGCCAUCAGCAUCAGCUUAUGUGAAGCUGGUGCUGCUGGGACUGAUCAUGUGUGUAAGCCUGGCGGGCAACGCCAUCUUGUCGCUGCUGGUGCUCAAGGAGCGUGCCCUGCACAAGGCUCCUUAUUACUUUCUGCUGGACCUGUGCCUGGCCGACGGCAUACGCUCUGCCGUCUGCUUCCCCUUUGUGCUGGCUUCUGUGCGCCACGGCUCCUCAUGGACCUUCAGUGCACUCAGCUGCAAAAUUGUGGCCUUUAUGGCCGUGCUCUUUUGCUUCCAUGCGGCCUUCAUGCUGUUCUGCAUCAGCGUCACCCGCUACAUGGCCAUCGCCCACCACCGCUUCUACGCCAAGCGCAUGACACUCUGGACAUGCGCAGCUGUCAUCUGCAUGGCCUGGACCCUAUCUGUGGCCAUGGCCUUCCCACCCGUCUUUGAUGUGGGCACCUACAAAUUUAUCCGUGAGGAGGACCAGUGCAUCUUUGAGCAUCGCUACUUCAAGGCCAAUGACACGCUGGGCUUCAUGCUUAUGUUGGCUGUGCUCAUGGCAGCUACACAUGCUGUCUAUGGCAAGCUGCUCCUCUUCGAGUAUCGUCACCGCAAGAUGAAGCCAGUGCAGAUGGUGCCAGCCAUCAGCCAGAACUGGACAUUCCAUGGUCCUGGGGCCACCGGCCAGGCUGCUGCCAACUGGAUCGCUGGCUUUGGCCGUGGGCCCAUGCCACCAACCCUGCUGGGUAUUAGGCAGAAUGGGCACGCAGCCAGCCGGCGGCUGCUGGGCAUGGACGAGGUCAAGGGUGAAAAGCAGCUGGGCCGUAUGUUCUACGCGAUCACACUGCUCUUCUUGCUCCUCUGGUCACCCUACAUUGUGGCCUGCUAUUGGCGAGUGUUUGUGAAAGCCUGUGCCGUGCCCCACCGUUACCUGGCCACUGCUGUUUGGAUGAGCUUCGCCCAGGCUGCUGUCAACCCGAUCGUCUGCUUCCUGCUCAACAAGGACCUCAAGAAGUGCCUGAGGACUCACGCCCCCUGCUGGGGCACAGGAGGUGCCCCGGCUCCCAGAGAACCCUACUGUGUUAUGUGAAGCAAGCUGGUAGACAGACAGGCAGGGAGAUGGUCAUGGCUACCAUAAUGGAGCCAGCAGUAAGGGAAGGGUGGGCCCCAUAUAGGAGCCUUUCUUUCUGAGCUCCAGCCCUAGCCCCUUGAACCACUCAGAAUCUAGGCAUCUUUGCCAACACCUCCCCAGGGUUGGAGACUGUGGUGGGGGACUAGAAAAGAGGCUUUUCUAAUUGUGGGGCCUGUCUCCACUGCCUCCUUCUCCACUUCUACAAUCUCUCUCCUUCCCCCCCUUCUCUCUCUUCCUUUCUCAGAAGUGACAAUUCAGAAAAAGAAAUUAAGACUGAAAAUGCAGGUCUUUCUACUAACAGCUGAGGAGACGGGCUUUCUUGCUUUAAUGUCUCUCCUUCUGACAUUGUCCAGAAGGGGGAAAUUUGUUCUGUAAAAUAGACUUCCAGAGCUCUUAUUGCCCCCUCUGCUCCCAUGCACCCUUCCCUUCCGAGUCCUUUAGCAAGGGCAGGAUGUUGAGGGAGAAAUUUAUCUGCUGACAACAGGGACCAAAGAGGGUGCUGGGUCCCCCAGGAGCAGAGACGUUUAAUUGCUAUGUUGUGUGCGAUGUUGUUUUAAGCUAACCCUGGUCCCAAGCCUGAUUUCCUCUCCCUCCCCACCAUGUCCAGACCUCCCAAGUGUUUCUUGAGCAUCUGUUCUAGAAGCCAGGAGGGGAGGGAGAAGGACCUCUGGGAUGGGUCCAUGCUAGGUGAAGAAUGGGAUGUGAGCUGCACGCAUCGAGUUGAAGAGACCCGAGCUUGGCUGCAUUCUUUCGAGCUGCCUCCUGGAUCCCCAGUCCCCAACUCUUCUUCCUGAGGAUGGAAAUCCACUCCAGCCUCACUAGGGUUGAUAUGGGUGCCAUAUAGGCAGGUGCAUUCCCCCAGGGAAGUGUAGGAAGAGAGCAAAACUCCCCAGAGUAACUGGAUCCCAGUGCCUGGGUCAGAGCAGAACUCGGCCCCAGAAUUGUCUCCUGGGUUCACACUGUUCUUCUGAGGAUGAAAAGUUGGGGGAUGGCAUAAGCUCCAAGGCACUGUGGACUGGAGUCCAUUCCUAUCUGACCUUGUUUGGUCCCCUUCAAGCCUCGGGGGUCUGUCUCAAGCCCCUCUUGGUAGCCCUAGGCCUUCUGGGACCUCAGCCCCCAACUUCCUUUCCCAGAACAGCCCUUCUCCCUCUUCUUCCCUCCACCCAAAAUGGAGCAGACUGCAGCCAGAUUCUCCAGGUGGGAGAGCCCAAGCCUCCCUCCCAGGGCAGAGUCCACUCUGGGCUCACAUCACUGCCAGUUCUUAUGGACUGGUGAGCCAAGCUGGCAUUCUUUUGCCUGGCCUUGCCCAGAUUCUUUAUCCCUCCUCUCCCAUUUCCUGGGGGAGGGGGAGAUCUGUAUUUAUCUAUCCUCCUUUCCCUUCCUGAUAGAAGCUGUUGUCCUAAGCUCUUUCCCUACCCCCAAGACAGCCCCAGAAUUGGGGAAGCCUUGACCCAAGAGGAAUGGGGAGGGCACUCUAGGCAGGAGAGACAUUAAUGAGCCUAGCUGUGGAGUGGCCCUGGAAAGGCAGGCCAGAGUGGCUGAGAGGCUGGGGUGGAGGGUACCUGUUCUCUCAGUGAUA